AUGGCGACGGAAAAGAUAUUGUCAAGAAGAGUUGUGAUCCUGGUCCUGUUCGUAAUAUUCAAUACUGUAAGAUCCGAACGUAACGUCGCACUGAAUAAAGCAACAGAACAAAGUAGUGAGUUUGGGGGCGGUAAACAUGUAGCCAGUAACGUUGUGGAUGGUUGUCUAACUGACUUCGAUGCUGGUUGCUGUACACACACAGCGUCUGGUCAAAACACGGCCUGGUGGCGUGUUGAUCUGGGAGAUCUGAUGACCAUUACUAGGAUAAAAAUUUACUACAAAGAUAAUUUUCAGAACAGAUUGGCAGGAUACCAGCUUUAUGUAUCCAAUAGCACCAGCACGCCAACAGGCGGUGUUCUUUGUUACGAGGACACUAGUAGUACUAGAAAUGCUGUACAGCUGGUGGUGACACACCAGUGCCCGUAUGUAGGUCGGUAUGUGACUGUGUACAACCAUAGAAACAACCCAAAACGACACGACUGGUACAGUGAAUACGCUAUUCUGAUGUUGUGUGAGGUGCAGGUGUUUGGAUGUCAAGUAGGGAAAUACGGUGACGGAAACUGUAACAGUCUUUGUCCACCAGCGUGUUAUGGUGGUAACUGUAACUCCACAACAGCUGCCUGUUUCUAUUGCUUUAAAGGAAAAUAUGGCGUCUUCUGUAACUCGGAUUGCCCUGCGAAUUGUAAAAACAGUCUUUGUACAAAGGACGCUGGCACCUGUUUAGGUAUGAACCAGUUAGACAUUACGAAUGCUUGUUAA